AUGAGGGUGUUCCUCGUCCAAACGGCCCACGGCCUCAAUUCGGCAUCCGGGGGUUACAGGUCUAACUACGGUUUCAUUCAUCAGCUCGAAAGCUAUGGUCAUGCAGUCGCACAAACAUGCUUCGCAUUUGACGACGAGAUCGAGAAGGCGGCUGUGACGGCGAAGUCUAAGGGGAUUAAAUCUGAGUUGUGUCGCCUCCCCGACGUUCAUCUUGGCAAGGAUCCGCAAACUGGCCAAGCACGGCGACUUAAGGUCACCAAGUUUGUUGACGAGAACCGCAUUCUCAACAUUGCCAUCUCUCGAAGCCUGUGGAAACUGUACCCGGGCGAGGAACUGACUGCGGAUCAACGGGCGUACUUGGAGAAAGGCACCCCCAGCCUCCGGUUGAAAGCCCUAAUUAGUUUGUGGUCAAACCAGAUCGCUAGCUUUCGUCCCACCCAUGUUGUCUUCAAUGAUGGCCUCACGAUGAAGAUCACCGAGCAGAUGCUCAAAGAAGGAAGCCCGCAUUCCCAUCUCAAGUUCAAGCGGGUCUGUGUUGUCCAUUCCUCAGAGCAGCUUCCCUUUGGUCCAUUCUGCGGUGGAUUAUCCGGGCAUUGCUUAUCUGCCUCCGCAGAGAACCAAAUGUUGCGGGAACUCGACGGGAUUUGGACCGUGUCGCGCGGUAUUCACGACUAUGCCAUGAAGUAUGGCAAGUUGAAAACGAACUUCUUUGUCCAUGCCACCUGGACGUAUCUUCAAGGAGGUAAUGUUCCUAUGCGGCGCACUAACGCAGACAAGUCCGAGGUGGGCUUGAUCAAUGCUUGUGGGCUGAAGGGGCUCCCGAUCUUUAUUGAGUUGGCGAAGCGGCUACCAAAUGUCAAGUUCGUGGCUUGGAAGAGCUGGGGUACAAAGCAAGUACACCUUGACCAGCUCAGCAAACUGCCCAACGUUCGAAUCGAGGAAUCCACCACCAAUACCGAAAGAGAUAUCUGGGAUAGACUCAAAGUCCUUCUGGUCCCCUCUCUAUGGAACGAAGCGUGGGGCGCCGUCGUCACGGAAGCUCAGCUCCGCGGCAUCCCCGUUAUUGCCUCCAACGCCGGAGGGAUCCCAGAAGCGAAGCUCAACCUGCCGUAUCUCAUCCCAGUCAACGCAGUGUCUGGCGAACUAGAUCCCAAGACUGGAGACUACGCUGUUCCCAAACAAGACAUCGGGCCGUGGGAGCAUGCACUGAUGAGGCUGAUGGCUCAGGAUACAACGGAGUACGAGGAGUUGUCUGACAUCACAGCACGGACGACAGUCCAGUGGAUUCGUGGGUUGAAUCAACGGGCCCAAGAAAAGUGGCUGUUAAAUAUGUGA